AUGGAAGACUACGAAAUUUCGGGAAAACCAAAUUGCAUUCUGGAGCCAAGAAGACCACCAGAGCCACCAACUGAUAGGAAUAAGGCCAGAGAUAUCUGCCAAGUGUUACCUUUCGAAAAUGGUUGCCAUUUGUGGUUUAUGCUCGCUGAGCACGCGACGACCUUACAAAUAUUCCAUAUGCAUCCAGGACAGAGUCUUGCGGAUGAGCUUGAGCACAUGCGAAUCGAUUCCGAGCCCGUUGGUUUCGCUGGUCGUCAAGUUUCUUGUCGUGAUGACAAGGUAGCAGUGGCUGGACCUAGCGAUAUUCUAACUCUUCGUAUGAGCAAGGAUGGGGAGAUCAUUGACCGCAUGGUCAUCAAGCUCACCGAACUCACAACGACCCACAGCAACCCAAUAGUAAAGGUAUUAUGGGCACCAAAUCGCCCAGCGCUCUUGGCAGUGGCUACCGUUCAACUUGUACGGAUAUAUGAUCUUGCUCUCGAUGCUGAUAAUUUUGUUGAGGAGUUGGUACUUCCAGUAGGCAAUGUGGAGGACAUAGAACUGAUCCAUAGUUAUGAAGCUGACGAAAUGUGGCUGAUGGUGUUGAGCACAUCAGGGCAUUUGUAUGAACACAGGCUAACUGCAAGAAAUGCGGAUAACACAUCGUUCUUCUUGACGAAUACCGUUACACUUCCACAAACGCAACAGAUUUUGGGAGCUGGAGUAUCGGUACAUUAUUCAUCUGUCUCUGAACUUCUGUUUCUUUCACUGGAAAAAGGCACCUGGUUUGCUCCACUAGAAAAAGGAGAUCUCGGAAGAGAAGAUCUGGCUUUGAACUGGACAAGAUUGGAAAUGACGACUCCUGUCCACUGCUGGCAGGAAUCAAGUGGUGUAAUGGCAUGCUUUUCAUAUCCUAUCGCAUCAUCGCUGGUGUUCAUCUACCCUACGCUGGAGCAGAUUCUCAUUCAGAGAGUGCAACUGAAACGAUCAGCAUUUACACAUGCUCUUUUCACUGGAUCAUCUGCAGAUACGAUCUACUCGAUGCCGCUUUUCUAUGAUUCCCCGACAAAUUUGGUCUACUCGGCGAGAUGGUCUACCCUACCCGAUCUAUGGAUAGAGAAUAUGCCAAGUGAGAUGUGUGCUCAAGCAGAAAAGGAGAAGGAAGAACCGGAGGCCGAAUUGCAAGAUAGCGACUUAGUAACGUUGUUCGAACGUUGUGAACCCGUUGAUCGAGUUGAGGUGUCCUGCCCUGAUUUGGCCAUUUUCUAUGAUGUUCAUGAUCUCAAUGUACGGCUCAGCUCAGUUGGAUCAAUGCCCGUCACGGCAAUACAGAAAGAGCAAUUUGCUCUAACUAUGCGUGUUGGGGACCCGAAUAUAAUAGUUCGCGCUGUUCGGGUUGAAUUACCGGCUGAACGAGGUCGAGGGCCAUCCGAAGUUUCUAUUGGCGAUAAGACGUAUCCUCUAACAAUGACGACCGACCUGGCACGAUUUUUCGACAUUCGAUUUACUCGGACGCAAUCGCUGGAACUGGAUCAUAGAAACAUCACUUUGACGUUUUCUGGAAGAUCUCGAUCACAAGUAGGGAUGACUGUAGUUUCUGUACGGCUAUACGGCAUGUCCAAGCGAGAGUUUGGAUCUCCUCGUUCACAUUUAAUUGCAAGGAUGCCUUUAUCGCUGCCGGACAAGUUCAUAUUGAACGUGAUUCGAAUGCUGACUACGUUGAACACGAGAAAUCUGAUUGUAAAGUUCAUUCCUGUUACAGACGAUUUGGCGGUAUUUUCUCGAGGUAAAGUGCCGAUACCUAGCGACUUGAUGGCAGAUUUUGCACUUCAGCUUAAGUAUAUGAUGUGUACACGUUGGAAGCAAUUUUGGAGCAUUGUGAAACGAAAGUUUGGAAGCUCCGUGGCUAUAAUGUCGUUCCUACGUCGUGAGGUUGCUGCUGCUGCAACAAUGGGUGCACCUUUUGGCGCUUCGGAUCCACUGCCAGCUUUAGAGCUGUACACUGUUCUAUUGUUCAUCCUCUUGUCCGUCAAUGAUACACAUGGGAAGCAGCUUACGGAUGAAUAUCUCAGUUUGUACACUGACCCUAAGACUUCACAUAUAGCUCAUCGUGUACGACUUGUCGGCCAAACGCUCAUCUAUUCGUUCGCGUUGACUACGAGAAACGACCGAUCUCAAGCCCGCUCUAUGAAUCCAUCAGCGAAAGUUAUGCGCUGGGGAGGCUUGAGGCCGUUUUUCAAUCGCACAAAGAUUUUGAGGUUGGCUGAAUAA